AUGGAGCGGGUGGAAGGUAUAAUGCAGGGGUUGAAGCUAUCGGAGGCUGAACGGAAGGGAGUGAGGAUUGGUUGGAGAGGGGGAGGAAAGGUGGGGGUAGUCGAGGCUCAAGCGAUUGGUAAACUGAUGGCAGAGAAACCAGCAAUUGCGGAUGCGAUGGAGAAUGCACUAGGGCCAUUAUGGUGCCCGAUGAGAGGGAUUGAUUGCAAGGAUCUGGGAGACAAUAUAUUUCUCUUCAGUUUUCAUCAGGCGUUGGGAAAGAAGAAAGCUGUUGAGGGAGGCCCCUGGAAGUUUGACAAUGCACUGCUUGUGAUGGAGGACUACGUGCCUAGCAAAGGUAUAGAUGAGUACGAGUUCAAUAAAAUCCCAAUAUGGAUUAGAGUCUUCAAACUGCCAUUGGGUAUGAUGAGUAGGGAGACAGGAGAGGACAUCGGUGAUCAGAUAGGAGAAUGGAUUGAAGUUGAUGGUGUGGAGAAUGGACUAGCUCAGGGAAAAUACCUGCGAGUGAAAGUACGUAUGUCCAUAACCAAGCCCCUCAUGAGAGGCAUUACUGUGGUGGUUGAUGAAAGCGGGAGAACCAAAUGGUGUCCUCUUGAGUACGAAUAUCUGCCAGACUUCUGCUACAUAUGUGGUAUGAUAGGUCACCUAGACAGGGAAUGUGAUAUCAAACUCAAAAAGGGGGAGGAGCCGCAGUAUGGAAAAUGGAUGCGAUGGGUGCCGCCUAAGUACAAGUCUUUCAGUGAAACUAAGAGAGGAUGGACUGUUAAUGAUAACAACAACAGACAAGGGAGCUGGGCGGGUGGUGGGAGAUGGCAUGGGAGCGAUGCUUCAUCGUGGCGCAAAGUAGACACCGCCCCGAGGGGUAGUGGAGGAAAUGCAGUGAGUAAAGAUAAGGAAGUCACGAGCCAACUUUGCAACAAUGAAAAGGAUGGGAAAAUGUUAGUUGCAAAACAACUCAUGCUGGCUUCGGUCGCUAAUGGGAAGGAAGUUGGAAGGGAUGGUGAUGAUGUAUGUGAGGAAGAAAGGCAAAUAAAGGAGAAUGUGAGCACUAUGCAGAACCGACAGAAUGGUGGGAAAGAAGAGGAAAAAGAGGGGCCACGUGGAAUAGAAAAAGGAAAGGAAAAACAAAUGGAGGGGAAACCGACCAUUGCAACUUUCAAGAGACAAAAGAGAGGACCAAAGCAGGGUACAAAAGGAGAAGAAGUUACAGUGGGAAAGAAAAGAAGCGGUGAUGCAAUGGAGGUGGAUGUGGAGGUAUCGGUCAAGACGAAAAAGGUGAAGGAAAAUGGAACCGGCAUGCAGCAAGAUGGUGGUGAAUUGAACAAUGAAAAAGCGGGGCUGUCGGAACAGCUCCGCAAGCAGAAAUGA